UCAGCGUCGGCGUCCGCGGGCUGCCGCGGGGCGGGGAGCGUUGGACCCGAGCGCGGGGCUCGGCGGCGGGGCGGCUCGGCCGCUCACACUCAUGAGGAGCCGCAAGGGGGCUGGUGCUGCCGCCGCCCUCAGACCCUCUCUCCAGCUCCCAGGUGGCGUGCGCUGCUCGGCGCGGCUGCGGGCCCGGAGCUGCGCCGCCCGCUGCGCCUCCCCGCAGGACGCCAGGCCCGCCAGCCAGCCCAGCCUGGCCCGGCGCACCCCUAAGAAGUUCAAGUCCGACAGAGGCCCCCCGGGGAAGGCGCCGGCCCAGAGAGCCGCCCCCCGAGGGCUCCCCGAGGCCCGCUGCCGCUCGGAGCCCCGCGACUGCGCGGGCGUCGGGAAUGGGGCGGGCGCCCCGCAGCCCCGCGCGGGGAGCCCCGGGCCGCCCCUGGCGCCCCUGGACCCCAGCGCCCUCCUGGACGACGACAGCAACCAGCCGCUGCCCGUCGGCCGCUUCUUCGGCAACAUGGAGCUCAUGCAGGACCUGCCGCCCGCCGCGGCCCCCUGCCCGCCCCUGAGCAGACGCGAGCUCCGGAAGCUGCACUUCCGAGCCAAGGACGACGACGACGACGACGACGAGGACGCCGCCGAGAUGUAGGUGCGGGUGAGGCCCGCCCGGUCCUGCGGGGCUCAGGGCGCGGGACCCGCGAGCGCCGGACACGCGUCCCCCCGGCCUCCGCGUCCUGGCCAGUUUCUUGCCCAUUCUCAAGAUCCGACCCUCGCGGGCGAACACGGCGCCCGUCCUUAAAGAACCUUUCCUGCGUGCAUCCGGUUCGUGCUUGCCGCGGGGGUCCGCCCGGUACCCGUGGGAAAGGGGUGUGCGCAGCCCCCGCCUCUGCCCCUCUCCUGGGGCGCGGGGCCGCCUGAACCCCGGGGCCGGGGCCGGUUCCCGCGGCUGCCCCGUCUCCAGGCACUGGCCCUGCCCCAGAAGGUUCUCAGGCCGGCCCAGGACAGGCGGCCGGAGCCGCCAAGCGCCUGACCCACACGCCCCCUCCGUGCUGCUGGCGGCCGAAUGGUCCGUUUCUUAAAUCGUCGACCCCCUUUAUUUGGAUCCGUCUGAGUAUAAGCUUGCCGGCUGACACAUUUAUUUUCAAAAUAAUCUUUAUUGCUCAUUCUGUUUAUAAAACAAUAUCGUAUAAAAAAAUAUCACAAAA